AUGUGUGGUAAGCUCAAAAUUUCUCAUCUCAUCUUUGCAGAUGACCUGCUGCUUUUUGCUAAAGGAGACCUUUAUUCCAUCCAAAAGCUAUAUCAAUGUGUGAAAGAUUUCAGUGAUACAGCUGGUCUGAAAGCUAACUUGGACAAAUGCUCUAUUUACUUUGGAGGGGUUGAUGAUUCUUCCAAAACAGAGAUUAAAAACUUCCUGGGUUUUUCAGAAGGUGUCAUUCCAUUCAAAUAUCUAGGGGUUACUCUCAUUUGCAAGAGGCUAACACAUGUGGAUUGCAAUCCAUUGCUGGAAAAUAUCUCAAAGCAGUUUCAGAAGUGGACAAGACAUAGCAACUUAUCAUAUGUAGGGAGGAUUCUAGUAAUCAAAAGUGUGAUAUUAGGUGUUCAAAACUAUUGGACAUCAAACUUCAUACUGCCAGUUAAGGUAGUGAAGAGGAUUGAUGAAGUAUGCAGGCAAUUCUUGUUGAGGAAGUCUGAAAACUCUUUUAAAACUCCAUUGGUCUCAUGGGAUAAGGUAUGCUGUGGGAAAAAUCAAGGAGGUUUGGGAGUUUACUCUGCAUCUAUUUGGAACCUGGCUACUGCCAUGAGGAUCAUGUGGUAUAUUCAUGUCAACAAGAAAAUUUUAUGGGUGAAAUGGAUCCAUGGGAACUACUUAAAGCAUAGGGAUGUAUGGAAUUUCAAAGCAAAAAGAGGAGACUCUUGGAUGUGGAAGCAGCUACUCAAGUGUAGGGAUAAGGCUUUGAAUGAAGUUGGAGGUAUUGACAACUUGAAGCAAUUGCUUAGUGAUUGUUACAAAAACUCAAAAAUCAAGUUGUCAGCAGUAUACACAUCAUUCUCCCCUGUCACUUGA